AUGAAGCCGCAGGCAGUGAAGGACCAGGUUAUGGGGCUUUUGAAGCGAACGAAGUCCACGACAGCAAUGUUUGCAAAUGCCCACCUCGUCAAUCUCGAAAUUAUCAAAGAGAGCCUCAACCGGGGAUAUAAUAACUGGGAGUUGAAGCAACCGCAUAGCCAGGUCUCCUAUAAUACGACUUGGCUCAACUCUGAGCACUACUACGUCGUGGAGGAGUCUCUAGCUGAGUUGCCUAACAUUACUGCCGAGGAUGUUCGCCAGUUCAAGAAGCAGAUGCUUUCACAGAUGCACAUCGAGACAUUUGUGCAUGGAAACCUCCACAAGGAGGAUGCUCUGAAGAUGACCGAUAUGAUUGAGACGAUUCUGAAGCGCCGCGUUCUGCCGCGACCUCAUUGGCCCAUUAUUCGGUCCUUAGUUAUCCCCCCCGGGUCGAAUUAUGUCUAUAAGAAGACGUUGAAGGACCCCGCAAACGUAAAUCAUUGUGUUGAGGUAUGCCUCUAUGUUGGUGACAAGGUUGACCGUCUUGUUCGCGCCAAGACCAAGUUGUUCGACCAGAUGUCUGAUGAGCCAGCUUUCGAUCAACUCCGAAACAAGGAGCAGCUCGGAUACGUUGUUUUCAGCGGAGUGAGAGGCUUUACCACCAUAUACGGCUUCAACUUCAUCAUCCAGAGUGAGCGCACGUACUUGGAGUCGAGAAUCGAAGCCUUCCUCAACUUGUUCUCGAAUAACUUAGAUUCGAUGUCAGAGUCUGAAUUUAAGGGCCAUAAGCGUAGCUUGAUCAACGAACUCCUCGAGAAGUUCGAGAACCUGGACGAGGAGAGCGAAAGUCAUUGGCAUCAGAUCGUCAGCGGAUAUUAUGACUUUGAGCAAGUGCAAAAGGACGCGGAGCACAUUAGGGCGCUCACUAGUGAGGUCAAUAACCUGGCGCCCGUCGGCCCUCUUGAUUAUCUUCCAACAUUGACCAUGUUCCGUCUCCUCAAGGCAGAGCAUUGGAGACUGAAUGGUGCCCUGUUCAUCUUCCUCGUUCGUUAA